CGCGGAAGGCGUAUAUAUACGCUCUGCCACGUGUCCGUAUACAUCGCCUUCCUCCGGUUACCUGUGUUGGGGGUUUCCAGUCUCAGCUUACAGAACAGCACAGCCUUGACCCCCGGGUUCAUCAUGUUGCACAGGCUUUCUUCUCUUUGUGAAUUUACAAGAUGAGAUGGUUCCUUCCGUUAUACACUAUAAUUCCCCCUUCCCAUUCUCUAUAUAGUGUACUUUUGUUUACGGUAUAAAUUAAUAGCUGAUUUGGUAUAUAUUG